AUGGACGACGCAACGGCUUCACUGCUCGCUGAGACUCCGACGCGUCCCGGCAAACAAGCCUCCACGCUGGCAGAUGAGCAACUCAACAUCAAGCCGUUGCUUCCUCUCUUUGCUGAAGGCGCCCCGCACGCAAGUGACUCCUGUGCCGUGACUUCAGACUCUACAUCGGUUGCCGACGGCUAUUCCACACCGUUUCGUGAGCGUCGCGUUCACAUCCCAAACGGCCGCCAUGACCCAGCUUCACGCUCAAUCUCCAGCUUCGAACCCUACGCUUCAAUUGAUGCUCAGGUUCUGAGACUCCAAAACGAUCUGGAGACUCACUACUCAAUCCAGUGUAACCAUCGCCUCCAAAAAUUUUUGUUGCAAUUCCCGAGUGGCGUGCCAGAAGAACAGUCGAACGCCUUCAAGCAAAAGGAGGCUAUCGAGCGGACCAAAUUCAUCGUCUACAAGGAAGCCCAAGUCGCGAAAUUGUUGAAAGAACUGAGCGGCGUCCAAAAGGACCCUUUUGUUAGCCCUGCUACUCCAACUCCUCACCGCAGUUUCAGUCACUUCACUGAGAACGACAACAUCACUAACAACAAACAAAUUAUCGAUCCUUUCUUCGUGAAUCAUCAAAUCCCGCCACCCCCGUCUCGGCCAAAUCGCGACGGUAUCUCAUCGCGCGAACAAACUGUGCACGGCAUCAGCAUCACUGAGAUCAGUCCCGGCUCAGUUGCUCUAAUGUCGUCACCUUGUCCAGAAUCCGUUGCGCCAAACUGUGCCGCUUCCACUGAGAACAGUAACAAUGACGGCACUACAAGUGUUACCGGCAUUACUGAUGCAUCUUUGGGUGACGCAGCCAACAACGCGACCAAGGAGACGACCACAUGGACGCGAGAACAGAUCCUGCAAGCCUUCUGUGAAACAUGGAAGCUCAUCGACAAAAACAAAGCACAGAUUGAGCAACUGAGAAGCGAAAUUGUUGAUCUCAAGCGUGUCUUAGCCGCACUCACUGAAGCCUCGGACAGCAAUAACGUGAACCAAAACAGUCUUGGCGGCAGGGUUUCAGCUCUCGAGAGCCAGAUCCAAUCUCUUUCGAAAUGCACUGCCCCAAGAAUUGAUAGUGCUCUUGUAACUAAUCUUGCCACCGAAGUCGCCAGUCUUCGUCUUGAAGUAGCCAACGCCGGUCUUGACUCCGUAUCUAGGCGAGCAUUCAAUGCGGAAAAUGAGCUGACCAAAAUGACGUUCAAUAACAAGUGUGCGCUUAUUGAAAAAUACCUUGGCAUCGACAUCACGACUACAGGGCCCAAGCCUCAUGAUGUCCUUGAAGCUCUUCAUCAUCGCAUUUGGCACCUCGAGGAACAGCUGAGCUCCGACGAUCCUUCCAGCAAAGCAGGCAAGCAGUAUCGGCCGCUGAAUGACUUUAUGAAGACUACCUUGGGUAGAGGGAACGCUGUUGUUAGCUACAGCGCUACGCCGGGCUACAACAACGGCAAGAUUGGCGAUGACAAUCCUAUAUGUGUCUUGCGUACUAACAUUGCUCCAGUCAACUCGGUCGGCAGCCAUGGUUCAGGUAUAGUACCCAGCGGCAAUGGCCAGGCAGGCAUGUUCUCCAACGACUGGCCUGGUUUUCUCCUCAGCAACACUAGCUCCAGCGCGUUUGUUGGUCAAGGAGCUUGUGCUCCUUCUCAUUUCGAUCCUGCGGAUAUCCGUCAUCCGAACUACACCAACAAUUCUGGAGGACACUUCAGUGCAGCUCAUACUAAUCUUCCUGGUUCUCCGACAAAUAUUGAUCUUCAUCGUGGCUCUAGUGUGCCCUUAUUGCCACAAGGCCUCAUCGAUCCAAAGCCACGAACGAACUUCUCACACAAGUCUCCACCCCGUCGGCCCCGUGCCACCAUGUCUCGUCUUAGCCCUGCAUCGUCUGGCAUUAUCUCCCCGAAGCCACGCAUGAUUGAAAACGGCUCUCGUGUUGACUCUGCUUCCCAGGCCGUAGACGUUACCGAAGACGCAACCAAGGAGGUAGCUAAGGAAACUGCUAAGCUGUUGCCAUCUGAGCCAAAUCACAAAACCCCUCCUAUCCUUGCCCAGAAGACAGCCAACGAUCGUGCCUAUCAUGCCUGGCUUAACCAGCGGCCUGGUGAAUUUCUCGGAAAGAAGCUGUCAGGAUUAGGACAGAAAGAGUAAAGUUGUGUGUCAACGUCAGCGUGCAAACACGAAUCGUUUCCACAAGGAGCAUGCACCAAAUCAACUUGGACACAAUUUGAGACGCGUCGUCGAGUUUGAGCAUUCGAAAAUUGCACUGAUAAUCAUUCAUGCAGGC